AUGGCCUAUAACUUUAAUGUAUAUUAUGAUAACCAUACGAAAUUGGAUGAUGAAUUACGAUCAAACUGUGCGUUAAAUCAUGUACAACAGGCGUACAAACUGGCGUAACUAUAGCUUUAUUAUCCUAUUUAGAUAGGGUUAGUAGUCGAAAAGAAGACGAAUUAUAUUGAAUUAAUCCGUUUAUUCGUAUAUAAGACCCGUCUGGCACGAUAUCUGCCAAACUACUAAACACAUAGUACAUAAUUAAGUACAUUUAUAAUAGAUAUCUUACAUAGGACCUAUUUGAUUUAUACAUACAUUCAUCUAUCUAUUUAUGAUAUAUGUUGUACAGUCAUAUAUGUUAAUAUAUUUCCAAAGAUGUUUUGCAAUGUCUAUAAACAAGUAUAGUCAGAAUUUCCGUUAAGUAAAUUCAUACCAAACAAUCGCAUAUUUGAUUAACCACCUAAUUUGUCUCGUUGUGUGGCAUAACUAUUAAUUAAAGACAAACGAAUUUUUGAGAUUGCCGAGUUUAGGGAAUUACAAUGUUAUAAUGAAAUUUAAAUGUUUCGCGUACCUAUAUAUUCCUUAAUAUUGUAAGGGUAGACGGGGUAAAAUUUAAAAUUGUAUUGUACAUUUUUUAACCAAGAAAUUAUAUUUCAAUUUGAAUAUUUUAGUUUUCAUAUUAUACACUUAGGUACACAAGACCGUUAACAUAAUACUAAACUAAUAGCAAACGUUGGUACUUAUAUAUUAUAAUUAUGAAGUAUAAUAUAGAAAAGGUUAAUUUUGUUUCAAUUGAAAUAUUCGAUAAAAUAUACACGAAUUUAGAGUUGUCGUAAUAACAAUAACCAAAUUACGUUAUUUGUGUAGAUAUCCGAAUAUUCCGAUUACGGAUAAAAUUUAGAAAAACUUGUCUUAAUGGUUUUCAUAAAAAUUUGAACUGAAAAAAAGUUUAUGAACAAAAUUUCUGAACGUAUUAUUUUUUUUUAUGACUAGUACUGGUUAAACUUGUACACAUUUCUGCUCGACUAAAAAUGAUUUUAUUCACGUAAAACCAAAUAAAACUAAACAACAUGCAAAUGUCAAAAGCCUAAAAACUGUUUAAAUAUCAGCAGAAUACUUUUGAUAUCUUAUCAUAUUUAGAAGAAACCCGUUUAGGUAUUCGAUAAAAAAAACCAUAUAUACCUAAAUUCGAUAAAAAUUUUAUGAUAAUUAUUAGAUUAAUAGCAAAAAAUAAAAUCAAAAUUAAUAAAAACGUAAAUUUUACCAUUUUUCUUAAGUUUUUCCUAGUUAUUUUGCAAACUAAGUACACGGAGUAAAAAAAUAAAAAAAUCCAUACGUGUUUAUCUAUAUUAUUAUAUCCGCAGAAACACAAUUUCCAUAAUUUAAUAUUAUAUAAUUGUCUUUUAUCGCAUGAUAACAAUAUUAGAUACGUAUAAAUAAUUAAUACAAAUUUAAGGUGAAUCUGGACUCUUUUACUAUCGUUGAAAUUAAUGACUUCAUAGAGAUUAAUUAUAGUAAUAUUGCAAUAUACGAUUGUUUUAGCUAUCAAUUAGUGGACGUGACGGAUUCAAAAAUUCAAAACAACAAACCUCUGAUUGUGUUUGCGCACGGAUUUAGAUGCAGUACCAAGACUCCAAUUAUAGUGGCCUUAGGAAAAUGUAUAUCGAUUCAAGUUAACGUUUACAAUAAUAAUAAUAAUAAUAAUAUGUCACGUCCAUAUUCAGUGUAAUCGAAUUAUUUCUCAAAUGAAUUUAUAGUUGAUAGGUAGUGAAAGUUAGCGAGUUAUGUAUUAUUACAAUAAUUGGACGAGUCACGAUUGGCCAUGGAUAACUUAAUGUUGUCAGUUUUCACACCGAACUCAAGCUUUCAACAAUUUUAACGUCUAUUUAUCUACUUGUAUACGGUUUACAGUCUACAUAAUUUAUAUGACUAUAGUUUCAACUAGAAUAUAACCUUGUCCAACAAAAACUAUAAUACAUUCAUACUUCACAUGAAGAUAGUGUUUCGUUAAAAUUGUAUUUUAUCAUUAAAUAACAAUAAUAAUAAUACAAAUAUAUUUGUCAGGUUUUCAAACUUGCGAAACUGAACCAUACUUUUAACAAACCGUAUUGAGUUUGACUGAUAAAGUGUAAUAAAUUUAGUUACAAUAUUGUACUGAAGGUAUUUGUCGAAACACAAUUCUCUUUUAUUAAAUACAGAAGGUACAUAGUAGGUACUUAUGUAUUCCUAUAUUAUACUUUACGAAAAUAAUAAAAUCUGGGUCCGUUCAAUCACCUAAAAACGGAUUACGGGUUUUGAUUGAAGUUCGUGAAAUGGAUUUCGAUUUCGAAAAUAGUUUGAUUACACUAUAUAGGUGGAUGGACACAUAAAUAUAAUAGACAGAUAUUGUUUAUUGUUUAUUUCAACGUGUUUGUAACACAUUUUUGGAAAUUAUACAUAUUUAAAGGUUUUGGUAGGUAAAUUUAUCGUAGGUUCAUUCUAUAGGUAUUUUCCUCAAAUUGAUACUUCUCAAAAGAAAAAUUAUUCUUGGAAACCAAUAUGAAAAAAAGUAAACAAAAAGUUUAAUUUUCGCUUUAUUAAUAUUUUAGAUUUGUUUUUUAAUUUUUUUUUCGAUUAAUAAAUUAAAUUGUCAAUACUGACAGAAUUUUUGUUGUUCAUAUGCAGGGCUCGCGCGGAUGACUGAUUCGAACGUGGUACUGGUCGAUUGGUCAGACUGGGCUAUGCAAAUGGAUUAUGGAAACUUGGUCAUCCAAUUUCCGACAGUGGUCCCCCACCUGGCCGACUGGUUGAAUGGUUUGCAUGAUCGUGAGAUCAUUAAAACGUUUAGUGAUAUCAUAUUGAUCGGCCACAGUUUGGGAGCUCAUUUAGUCGGUAACGCGGGACACAGGCUGAAUGGGACUGUCAGUAGGAUAAUAGGUAAGUCGUGUGUGAUUUUUAAUUUAAAUUGGUUAAGAUUCCGAUAUUUUGAUAUUUGCCAAUCUUUCCCUUUCACGUGUUUUGAAGAGUGCCGAUCGUUCCAUAAUAAGUAUUUUGAACUACCUCAUUGUAUUCAUCGGAAAAUAUGACAUGUACAAUUACUUGUCAUUUUUAACUUUUUCUCUUACUUUUUUUUUUUCGAAUAAAAUCAGAUGAAAGGAAAGAGAAUAUUCACGUAUAGACACACAAAUUACGAAGUAUUCUGAUAUAGAACCAAAAAGGAGAUGGUUAGAAACAGUUGAGAGUGAUACAUGAAAUUAAAACUGCUAGGGUGUAGAUAAAUUAUUAUGUGGUUGAUCGAAUAAACUGGACAUUUAGAAAUAAGGCAGCUGACCCCCAAGUAGGUUGAAAAAAGUCGAGGUAGAAGAAGAUUCUAGUUAAAAUCCAUAUUUUAGUUACAUUUUCAAUCCAUUUUCUUCUAUUGAUUUUUGUAAUAUUUAUUUAUCUCGACAACUAUAGAUGAGAAGGUGAACAGACUACAGUUUUCUUGUUUAAUCAACAUAUUUUAGACUCUGAGGGGAGCGAGGAAUGUACUAAUUUUAUAAUGAUCGCAAUUAUUAAGCCUUUCAAAACAUGUAUAACCGAACUCCGCUUAGAAUAGUUUUCAUUAGCAAUGUUUAAUCGUUGCGUACAGAUUUAAAUUAAAUUUCCCCUAUACCUUCCCAACUUCUCACCUUCAACAGUGACCCACCUAUCGUGUAAAACAUGUCCAUAUGUGUAUAUAAUUAUUUUUAAAGGGGCCAUGAACAACAAGGAACAAAAAUAAGACUAUAUUAUAAUACCUACCGUUGUUAGAUCAAUUACACUCGAUACCCAUGGAGCAUGAGCAUCUAAUAAUUAGGAUAUAAACAAAUUAUUGAUUUUCGAAAGGAAAAUCUUGAAAAAAAAGAAAUAUAGAAAGCGGUUACUACAUACGUUCAAUCGGAUAAAUUAUAGCUUUAUUACAGUGGCCACACUCAAGAGCCAAAAAUUAAUAUGAGUUGGAUAUAUAUAGAGGGCAGAGGGCCAACAAAGAUAGAUUCUCACAAAAACAAAAACCUAAUAAAAUCUAAGACAACAGUGGAAAGACCUAGUCAAAGAAGCCCUUAGACUAAUUGGAUUGAUAAUGGAAAAAAGCAAGAAAUUCAUAGAGACGCACACGAAGGAAGAUUGUGAAAGCGGCAAUGGGUCUAAAUGGCCUAGAUUGGGCAAAAAAAAAAAAAAAAAAAACUGUAUUCAAUAGAUGACUUAUACUUUAUUGUCACAGAUUGUGAUUUGAUAUAACACUAUAAUAAGUUAAUGUGUAACCCUACUCUAGAAAUCAAAACGGCUAUUAUUAUGAAACUCUAUAUCGGAAAUGUGUGUAUCUUUACAAUAUUUAAAAUAAUAUCCGUUACAAAGUGGCUAUUUUAAAAAGUUAUUUUUCAGUUAAGAAGUAAAAUAAAAAUGUAAUUUAUAUUCUCGCUACAGUGUGAUUAAUGUAUUAGUCUUACAAUAGAUUAAUCACUCUGUAAAUUUUAAUAACUAAACUAAAUCAUCUUUACCGUUUACGGGAAUGGUAUCGCAGUGCCAAACCGGCUUUAAAGCCUCUUCGUUUUCGGAAACGAAAUUUCCAAGAUUUUGUUUCGUGCCAAUCGAAGCGGGAAUUGCAGUGUAUCAAGUUAUUCGUUAGUAUGAAACUAUGUAAGUACUCGUAAACUAUCGUCACGUGAUCUUUAUACCCGAUGCCGAAGUUUUAGAUAGAUCGUUUUUGCAUAAGUAUCGCAAACCUAUUAAAAGCACUUUAAUUCAAAGAUUAUCCAAAUUCGAAAAGAAAGGUUAUUCAAAAUACUACAGGUUGACAAACUUUACACAAAUGUGCCUAAAAAACCUAAGCGGUAAAUUUGACACAAAAUAAGGAAAUUACUUUCUUUUUUUUUACUGUCGAUUUCCGAAGAAUUGUUCGAUGAUAUAACUUGAAAGCUAAUGAAGGAACGUAAAUUGAAUCGAAUAAACCUAACACCAGAUUCUGUUAUACUAUUAUUUUUAGUUUUAUUAAUCAUAUUAUGUUUAAUUAUUUGGAAAGGAAACGUUGUAUUUUUGACAACAAACAUAAUAUUCAAAAUAUUCAAAAUUAUAUUGUAAUAAUACGAAAUAAAAUAUUUGAUUUGCUUACAAACUAUAGAUAUUUAUUAUUAUAAUUUAUUUGCAUAAUAUAAUUUCAGUUUUUAUCGAUUUAAACGAAUCUAUUUUAAGUAUUUUCAAAAAUUUAACUCAACUAUAGUGAUUGGUAUAAUAUUUUGUUGUUACUUAGCAAAAACAACAUAUUAUGGAUAUAUUUUUACAGAAUGUUAAUUAAUAAUGAAUUUUAUUAUUGACAAACUUAUUAUUUUAUGCCUUUUUCAACGCUCUCCCCCUCUCGACCUAUAUUAAUACUAUACCGUGCAGUAGCAAAAUGUGUGUACAGACAUUGCCUAUCUGAAUGGUCAUUACGAAUAUUGAGUAAAACUGUUAUCGACUCAUCGACUGUCCGACUGUCAAACAUUUUUUUUUUAUAUAUACAUUUCAAUAAUAAAAAAAAAAAAUACAUAUUUUUAUCCGUACACUGUCGCUAGUCUGUUUUGAUGACCUACAUAUUAAACGUUGUAAUUUGAUAUAAUAUUACACCUUGCACAAAAGAUAUCUACCCCUAAUAUAUCGGUCCAGUACUAAGAUGUACCUAGUGAAUGAUAUUAAAUAUAAACAAUCAAUAUCUAAACUAAACUUAUUAAUACAUUUAAAUGUUUUAUAAGUACAUGUAUUCUGUAUUCCAUCAGUACAAUGUUUAAAAAACAAAAGUCAAAAACGUGAAUUUUGAAUUCGUUCUGCUCUUUUAAUAUCUACGCAGUAAGCAUCAGUUUAUAGUUUUACUGUCUCUAUCAGUAUGACACACCUUUAAGAAACAGAGGUUUUCACUUUAUUAAUAGACAUAAGGAUAUAUGGAAUACUUAUAUGAGUAGGUACCAAGUUUGAAUGGAAUGUAAAAUAUUUUAUACUAUAACGGUGUUCUUUAAAAGUUUUCCUUCAUUGUUUUGCGCUUUUGGGACUCGUAAACAAAUAUUUGGAUCACUUUUUCUCCUUAAAGAAGUGCUUUAAAAUUUAAAAUAUAACUUAUCAAAAGUUUUGAGCAUCACUCUCAACUGAGAAAAAGUCUCCUCAAAAACCACAAUUUUAUUAUCAAUCUCUAAUUAUCCGUGCAUUCUGUACAUUCGAUUCAAAUUACCUAAUCAAAAACAUUAAAUAUUUAAUAUUGAAAAAGUUAUUGUACAUGUUUUACUUAUUCUAUAUUAUAUUUAAUAAGUUAUUUAAACUAUUUGGCUUAUUCAUUUUUACCUGUUUAUUAUUUUAAACAUUUAGAGAGUUUUAAACAUUCUAAAAAUUGUUUUCAGGGAAAUAAUUUUCUCAAUUCUCAGAAUUUAAAGCUAUUUAAAGUAGUUAUGUGUAUACAUUAUUAUGCCACAAUAAUGCAUAUUAUAUGCAUACAAUAAAUUGUCAAAACACUGUACUGUUUUCGCUCAUUUUUGUGAAUUCUUUCAUUAAUUAAAAAAAAAAAAACCACGGGUCACACAGGAAUAAAAUAAACCAUCAGAAAAAAAAUAAUAAGCAUUUCGUUUUCUUUUCAAAUAAAAACAAAAUAUUUGGAACAGUUCUGUUUAAAUAACUAUACAAUUAUGGUUUCAUUAUACAGGAUGAUCAAUCUAUCAUAAUACCAAUCUUUAUCUUGAAAAUUAUUAACUUUUACCGAAAUUUAUUUUUUAGAACACGAAAAUCGCUGCUCUACAAUUUUAUAUUUAUGUUAUUUGUUGCCACCCUUAUUUUUAGGGAUAAAACCACUAUCUACUUUCGAUUUUCAAAUAGAAACCUAUAUCAAAAGUUCCAUAAAUAGAUGUAGUACUAUUUAAAAUAAAUUUUAGCGUUGAACAUUUUGAUUUUUAUCAAUCCAUUGACGAGAUAUUUAACUUUUAAGUUUGAGUUGGAGGAAAGUAGUGGAGUAUCAAUUGUAUGGCGGUACGGCGCGCGAUGUGUCAAUAAUAUAUCACCACUCAGCCCCAACCAAAACAUAAAAGUGGAAUAUCUCGCCAACGGAUUGACGGAAAUCAAAAAUUAAAACUAAUACUUCAUAAAUUUAUGGAAUUUUUUAAUAUAGGUUGCAUUUAAAUAUCAAAAGAAGGUAUUGGUUUUACCCUCAAAAAUAUGGGUGACAAAAAAUAACAUACAUAUGAAAUCAUAGAACAGCUCAUUUAUUAAAUAUUCUAGAAAAAAAAUUCCAGAAAAAGUAAAUACCUUCCGAGAUAACGAGUGCCUUACAAUAACACUAACAAUAUCAUAACACGAACCUUAAAAUUAUGAAAAAGUACGGACAUCAUCUAUAAUAAUAUAACUUAGAUUAGUUUUUAUGACCUUUUUUUUAUUAUUUAUGUAAAUUAUAUUAUAACUUUAAAAAUUCCAAGAUAAUUUGUUAAGAUCUAUAGAUCGUAUAUGUAAACAUAUAUAGACCGAACGUUUAUUUACGAUGAAAGUGAUAAAAAUAAUAAUUUUCCAUAUCAUAUUCAUAUAUUUAUAAAACACCUAAAACAAACUAUAUUUAUAUAGGAAGGUAGGGAACAAUGAAUUAAAUAUAAACUUUAUAAGCCAAUACAAUUUCAUAAUCUUUCGCUUAUAUCUUUGUAUCAAUAAUGUUCAUUUUGAAAAAUGUAAAGUUUGUUUUUAACCUCGUGUAAAAAAUCUACCUCUUAAGUUUCUUCACACACAAUACAAUAAUUUGCAAAACCGUAAGCUUCAGAAUUUAAUUCCCCUUCCCGUCUAUUGUAUAUUAUAUAAAUAUUCUUUAUAAAACAAUAAACAAAUAAAUAUAAUAAUAAUACAGUGCUACACUUUUUUUUUUUUUUAAAUACCGCUUUUAAAAAUGGUUUACAAAUGAGGAAAUUAAAUUGACAGUGAGAUUUAAUAGGUAAUUAAACUAAUAUUUUUCAAUUUCAAAGAAAUUUUGUAUACAUAAACAAUGAAAAAGGCCAGUCACUGUAUUAUUUUUGUAAUCCUAAAAAUAUAUAAUACGAGAUCGCUGUGCGAGGACAAUGGCAUACCUACAGUUUAGAAUCUGAGUGUAACGAGAAAUGUGUUAGUUUUAUUAUAAUAGGUUUUUUUUUCGGUCAAUCAACAUUUUUUCUACCAGAAACUUGCUACAAUCAAAAAUUUUUAAGAGAUCUUUAUUGUUAGGUUUUGAUACUAUUUAGUGAACAAAAUUUCGUUUAGAUUUCCCAACCAAUUUUCUUUAAAAACCGUUUCAAAUUUUAUUGAAAACCAUAAGUAUGAAGACAUUUCAAAACGUGUUUGAUCAAAUUUAAUUCAUAAUUUUUUUUAUUAGUAAUGAUUUUUCUUUGUUCAAAGAUAUAAGUUGAAUGAUGUACAACUUUCUAACUACAACAGUGGCCGUUGACUUAACCAAGAUUUAUCAAUGGGCAGAAGGUUCGUGAAUUUGCAGAGUAUAGGGAUCUGUAACCUUUUUCUUUAUCUAUAGCUUAGAAAAAAAAUCAAGUAGGAACAGUUAUGACACUCAGAAAAUUCUCUAGUAUUUGCUAUACUGAUGGUGAUACACCCAUUAGCAGUAUCAGAUGUUUUUCCAAUUGUUUUUAUAGAUUGUUUUUAUCUUUUUUUUUUUUUGUGGAGUUUCAUUCAGAUUUGAAUUUACCAAAUAUACGAGUGUACCUGGUAACAUAUAUCCACCAAUGUACAUAAUAAGUAGUUUUCCGGGGCUUCGGCAUAAAGGUUUGUAUUUUUAUUGUAACAUUUCCGUUUUUUUAUGUUUGACAAUAAAACAGGAGAUUGAUAAAUUAAAGGGAAAUAAAACAAACUCAAUGCCGAAAUAAACCUCUCAGGCGAAUUAAUCUGACCGCGGUGACGGCGGCGUUAAUAUUAUUCAUCAUUUCUAACUCGGUGCUGGCGUUUUCACCAACAGCGAAAUUGCGUGCAGCACACAAAACGUACCUGCAAGUCACAUUUGAGAAGUUACCAGGAAAUAAUAUAAUAGAUUCUUUAACGACCGUAAAACACUAUAUUAUACGCAAACAACGUAAAUGCGUAUAAAAGAUUUUAUAGAAAUGCAAUAUAAUAAUAUAGUAUAUACAUAAUGCGUACAGUAUGUGCAUUAUAAAAAUAUGGUCGUACGCAGGCGAAUUGCGUAAGUAGGUAUACGCAGGACUUUCCAUUCAGAGUGAUUCUUUUAUCCGCGGGCCAGCGAUUGUCUACGAAGAUAAUUUACGAGUUAAUUUCUGUUCGGUUGUUUUUCCACAUUUUUAUCAUAGAAUAAUAGUUUAAUGAUAUUAUUUAUAAUAUUUUAAAAAUCGCACCCUCUCUAUUGUCCUGUUAUUUUAUUGGUAAAAAAACCAAAAUAAUGAGUUUAUGUACACAGACGGUAUACAACGAAUACACCCUGUAGAAGCAAUAGUGAAAAUAGAUAACAAUACGCAUGAUAUAUAAUUUUUUUUUUUUUGUUUGUACUUAACAACUUUCGCCCAGAUAUCAAAUCAUCGAACUCAUUGAUGGUUUCUGUUAGAAAUUUUUGUCAUAUCAGUGGAUCGAGGAGAUUCUAUUCAUUUUUCGAUUUUGCUUAAAGUUGUCUAAAAAUGAAGGAAAAGUUCAUAAAAACAGUAACGUUUGCUCGUUCACGGUUUCUAUUAAUUCAAAUUUUUUAAAUUUAUUGUAAAUCAAUUAACAAAAAUCGUAAAGAUUUGUAAUUUUUACCAAAUAUUUGUAUUUGCUCUUUAUAAACGUGGUAAUAUCUAGAAUUGACGAGUCACCCAUAAGCUAUUUGUUAUUUGUAUAAAUAUUUUGCAAUUUAUUUUUAUCAGCGUUUUAAGUUAUAUUUAGUAUGAAAUUCGUUUCAAUAGUUGUCUACCAGGACAUCAUUUUUAAUUUAAAUUUUUUUUUAUAAUACCUACAAGGUACUAAUAUUCGUUUGGUCUUGGUAAAUAUUUUGCGUUUUUUGCUUUUUUAGAUUUUAAAGCUUAUCGAGUACCUACAAAAGUCAAUUAUUGAACUAAUGUACACGUUGGUAGAUUACUUUCAUGUUGCAAUACAAUGCAUAUUAUAAUAAUCAAACAAUUGUUUAUAAUAUAAUUAUUAUUACAAAGUUACUACUGUUACUUGUAGUUUGGAAUUUACUUAAAUAGAGUCUUAGAAGUUUGUUUCCUCUAUCUAUAUUAGAUACAUAUAGUGAUUUAGAGAACAUUCCGAAACUCUACACUUCGCAAUUUAGUGUAAUAUAUUUCGUAACAUCAAAAACUUUUCUAUAUUUUCAUAUUAGGCAGAUUUUCCUGGGAAAAUGUAAUUAAUGGAAAGUACCCAUUUUAAUUCUGUGAAAAACUAAAAUUAAGUUAUAAAAUUAUUAUACGUAUUCGAAUGCUUUUGAAUAACUAUUUCAAUUUAGCGAUCCAAAGUAACCUAACCUAACUGAAACUAGUUGUAAAUUUGAUGUCAAUUAAAAACUAUUUAAAUAACAUUUCAGGUAUAUUUUUCUUCAAACGAGUAUAAUAAUUGAAUUUUUAAAAAAUUAAAAAUACACUGUCUCGACCUCUUCUUGUCGAGUCCGGUCUCGGACAAUUUAUCGUAGACUUAAUCCAGGAUGCCAAAAGAGAACAAAAACUUACAUGGUUUCAAAAUAAUUAAAUAAUAAUGAACACCUAGUUUACCAUGAAACAUUAGUACCACUAGGAAGGAAGCUUGGGUGGAUUUAGCCAACCCAGUUUGUAUGUAGCUCACCCAGUUGUUUUGACACUUGUAUUUUCCGUAUUUAGUUGACGAAAAUUUAUAAUAAUUGCCGAGACACAAAUCAUGAAUAAGCUUUAUGGAAAUAACUUAAUUGAUAACAUGACAUCUUAGAGCACCUCUGAGUAUAACGUUGAAGAUAAAAAUUUCAAAUAAAGGAGCCUGUCCCCCCUAGCUUUAGCAUGUACCACAACCACCUAAAUUAUUAGAAUCUACCAGGAAACCUUUAAAAAUACACAGUAAAUUCUCGUAAAUCGAAAAAUACCCGUGAAGUUGACACUGUUUAAAAUAUUUUUGACUUUAAAACCACUUAAUUAUUAUGUAGUUUUCUAUAUUUAUGAUAAGACAUUGUCUGUACAAUUUAGCGUAUGUACAUAAUAAAUUACAGAUACCUAUAAUAUUUUAACGUCAGAAGUUUGUUAAUAUCAUUAAAAAUUUAAUUAAAUUUGAAUUAUUUCAAUUUUACUAUCUUAUAAUUCAUAUUAAAUAUUUUCUAGGUUUUUAAUAAAACAAUAUAAGGUUUAGGUAUUAUAAAUCAUUUAACUAUAGCUAAUUUGUUGUUGGUUACAUCCAGAAAUUUCAACAUUUUCACUUGUAUUAGUGAUUUUUUUCUUCAGGUGGUCAUAACAAUAGUAUAAUACUCAUAUCAAAAUAUCCUUUCAAAUUAUUCUGCGUUAUCAACUCACUAUGGAUACUUCAUUAAUUAUGAAUAGAAAAUUGUAAAUAAGAAUUUUCUUUUCCCCCGAAAACACUUUUCGUGUUAAUAGAACUGUUCCGAUUUAUUUAUUCUGUACCUUAACAUUAAUGUUUUAAUUAAACUAAUUUUUUAAACACUUAACAUUUCAAUUGAAAAUACCGACAACAAAUGUCGGUACAUCGGUUUUAUUUUUAUUGAUUUCUGGGUUACCAUAUCUACACGGUAAAAAUAACGACUUAUAUUACUCCGCUCAGAAUCAUUUUUCCUUAGCAAUGGUUUAUGGCAAAAAGUAUCACAAUUUAUAAAUACAAUUACCUUAUAUCUCUUAAGGCACGAUUAAAACACUCCAACUACAGCGCCUAGUGGCCUAUCAAUUGUGCAAAGUAUGUCCGGUUUUUUCAGUUUGGUCUUUGUAACCUAAUUUUACCAUACCAUGUUUCACAAAUGGUUUUUUGUGCUCUUUACGAUUCUACAUAUUUUUUUUUUUUUUAUGUAUGUUGAGUAAUCGGUCGUUUAACCUGUAUGGCAUUAUUUCUGAUCCAAUACUAAAAAUGCCACUGUUGUCAUUCCCAAUGUCUGAACUGCCGAUAUCGUUUUAUUACAAUAUAGCUGUCCGAGUGAAGUAGCGAUUUUUAUUAUGCACUUACAUUACACCUCUAAAGCUCAUUUUGUUCUUCGGAUUGUCUACUUACUCAUUAUAGUCAUUUACACGGUUUCUAUUUUACCUAUAGUAUUAGAACAAGUAUAGUAUAAUUUUUCUCUCGGUAUGAAUAAACUAUAAGUCAUUUAACGUUUAACAGAUAUGGUGGAAUUUAUAGUUUUUAAAUUAUAAAUAGGUUGUUAUUUAAAAUUGGAUUUUUGUUUGUUUUAUAUUUAUUUAUUUAACAAAAAUAAAUCCCAACAACACUAUAACACUAAUAUCAUUAGGUACCGUAUCCGUUGUAUUCGUACCUAUUUCUCGUAUAUUUUUCUCUCUCGUGUUUAACAUUGACGCGUUGGUGAUAUACUAUAGCCGCUAAAUAAGCAGGUUCCACUAUAUACAUAAUAAUAUAGUAGGUGACGUCGUUCUUCAAUACCUAUAAAGUAUAAUAACGCGAUGUAGUCAAAAGGGCACUUCAAAAAAUUCCGACACCGUUGCAUUAUACCUAUAGGUGGUUAUAGGUUAAGGUUAUAAGUAAAGGGCUAGGCGUGUAUCAAAUUUCGUUUUCGUACUUGAUUUCUUCGAGAUCAAACAUCACCAGAUACAAAGUAAACAACAUUCGAUCAGUCUAAUCAAGAGGGAGAACGUGAUGGUUUUGUCUGUAUAUAGGUACAUUACACAUCAUAUUAUGAAUUAUAUACAGUACGUCCAUACCGUAUGCGAUUCAUGUGCCAGAUUUACCGUGGGUUGGUACGUAUACUCGUAAGUACAAUAAUAAUGUUGCGUUCACAAUAUCGUAAAUUGCGAAAAUAUAAAAACGAAAAACGUCGAUGAAACUAAUAACACACGGUGUGUCGUUCAAUAUUUAAAAUUAGCUGUUGUAGCUAUUUGUUGUACAUGCAGAUUUAACUAAUCAUCGUUGCCGGUACCCGGCAAAAUGGAUGUCCAGUAGUUAUUUGAAAAUCUUUGUUUAAAAAAUAAAUAAAUAUAAUUCAGUCUAUUUACGUAUACAAUUAUGGUAUUGUAUAAUGUAUUAUUGGGCAGAUACGUAUAGGUUUACGAUAUACCAUAUCUCAUAAUCCACGCACGACCGUCGGAUAUAAAUGUAUUUCCCGCAGGAAAAUUAAUAAUGGACAUUUUAUACUUAUUUAUUAAACUUAUUUAACUUUAUUAAACUUAAAUAGUUAUUCGUGAAAGGAAUUGAUCUACAUAACAUAUUGUAAAAUUUAAAAUCUAUUAUAAAUUGCGCUAUAAUAGAUAUACUUCGUUGGACCACAGUUUUGUAUUUAAAGAUGAUAUCUAUCUUAAUCCUACAAAUAGAUGAACAUCAUGGUAUAUAAUAAAUGGUGUAUUGAUCGUUGAACUAUAAUGAUGUUAUAAAGAGUUUCCAUUUGUAUACACCGCAUACCCUUUUAAUUUAAUUUAAAUACGUCUACUUAAACCUAACGAAAUUCUAAAGGUGAUCUAUUUAAGUCGGUGCACUCAUUGUCCCGGAAAGUAUCGACUUUAUCAAUAAUUAUUUUUUUUGAAUAUUUAAGAAUCAAUCAGCUUUAAUGUUGGACAGCUAUAAUAUUUUUUGUCGCCUUAUUUUUGGGGAUGAAACCACAACCUACUUUUUUUUUUAAAAAUGUUAUCCUUUAUCAAAAAUUCCAUAAACAUAUGAAUCAUUAGUUUACAUGCAUUUAAGUGUUGAAAUUGUUGAUUUCAGUCUACCCGUUAAUAAGACAUUAUAAUUUUAAGGUUGGGUAAGGGGAGAGUAAUGGAGUAUCAUGUGUGUGGCAUUUUAAUCUCGUUACUGUGCGUUGACAGAAAUAAAAAAUUCCAUUGCUAAAAUUUAUUUAUAGAAUUUUUAAUAUAAAUUGCCAUUCAAAAAUCAAAACUAAUUAAUUUUUUUAUUCUCAAUAAUGGAACACUUUAAAACUGCUUGUUUAUGAAAUUAUCAAAAGAAAUUUUGUUUGGAAAAAGUCAAUAAUUUUCGAAAUAUCAAAUGUCACCAAAUAAAUUGAUCUCUUAGUAUGCGUAUGAUAUGAUUUAUAAGUAUUUUGACGAUAAUUUCCUUUUUUUAUAGUUAAUUAUUUUUUAAAUAGGCACCUGUUAUUACAAUAUAGGUAUGGAAAAGUUUAUGUGUUAUUAAAUUUUGACUAUGUCAGUGAUUCUUGAAAAUAUUAUCAAACACUGAAACACGACAUUGUAUAUAACAUUAUAAUUGAAAUUUGAAUAUAUUACAACUUACAUAUAAUCAGUUGUGUUCCUAUAGCGAAUAAUAUAUAUACAACGUAUAUUCUGAAAAAAAAAUUGUAUGCAAGCUGAAUAUAAUUUACAAUAGUUAAAAAUACAAAAAUCUUGAUAUUGUACUAUUAUUUAUACCACUUAUGCCACUAAAAUCGUAAUAGUAUCACUAAUUCUAUUUAUUUCAGUACUUAAUAAAACUAAAGUCUAGUUUUUCUUAGGAUUAACAAUACUUUUUUAAAACAAAUUUUCAGUGUUUAUUUUGAUAUUGCGUUUUUGUCCAAUUAAUACUUAUUUAUUUCUCUCGAAACAAUAAGAAAGAUAUUCUCCAUGUAAGGCACAUGGCGUUAUAACGUAUUUUUAAAAAAAAUGGGUACACCAUUGCAUAUACUAUUAUUGUUAUACUAAUGACGUAGUGACGAAAACAAAUAUAUCUGUCAAUAAUAAUAGAUAGUGGUCAGUUGACAGCGUGAAAAUUAAUAGUGGUCACAUUGAUAGCCCGACAAUAAAAUAUAUACCUAGUAUACCACAAUAUUGACGGGUCAAAUGCAUAGGUAAUAUUUAUAUAAUACUAUAAGGUAUCCCGCCCGGCGUUGCCAGUGCCAAACAAAUGAGUAACAAAUAAGUUAACCCCUUGGAUUCCCUGCUUUAAUCCCCGUCAAUAUUACUGCAGUUAACUUUUGUUGCUUUUAAGUUUUUGAAAAUUCACCUUUUUUUCAAAGUUAUACGAAUCAGUUAUAUGAUAGCUAAGCAAUGAACAAAUACCUAUAAAUUAUUAUUUUUUACCAAUCCCAAACUACUGCAGAUUAGGCCAACUAUUUCUACUGGUCAGGUCAAGGAUUUCAAUAACCUUAAACCUUCUCUCGACUACUUGAACCAUUUUCCAAAAAACACAUGUAUAUUAGUCCAGUACUUUCGGAGAUUACCCAUUACAAAAAUAAACCAUUUCAUAUAUAUAUCUUAUUAUAUAGAUUGUAUAUGUAUGUUUUUGUGUUAGCUCUCGAUCCAGCGCAACCAAACUUCAGAAUCGAUCAUAAAAAUGAAAGAGUCGACGUGAAUAGCGGUCGAUUCGUUAUGGUUUUACACACAUCGACAUUAUUAUUUGGAUUACGGGAGCCAGUGGGUCAUGUCGAUUUUUACUUCAAUGGUGCUCAAUUUCAGCCAACGUGUGCGGUUGACACAAGUAAGAAAAAAAAUGCAUAUCUAUCAUAUUAUUAUAUUAAUUAUAUAUCAUUUUGGUGGAGGUUUUUCAUGUAGGUACUUGUAAACAUGUACGUUUUAAUGAUAAUUCAAGAUGCGUUAUUUUCUACGUACCGUGUUUUGAUCAAAAAUAUUACGCAGUUUUACAUAAAAAUAUUAUGAAUACCAUUAAAAUUAAGUUUAAAUCAUCAAACUGUUUAUAGUAUGAGCAUUAAUUAGAAUACUCCGUGGUAUCACAGACAUCAUUUGAACAUCCACUAUCCAGUCUAUUAAGAGUUGAUUAAUGGCGCAUGGUUAAUCGUAUAGUCUGUUGUCACGUUAUGACAAUUUCAUACAUCCAAGUGAACACCAAUGGUUUCAAUGUGACUUAUAUUUGUAUAUAACAACUUAUAUACGUAAAUUUUUACCUUUGAGCUUUAGUUUUGUUAGCUAUUAGUGUAAUACUAUUUAGUUUACUAUCUUACAACCCAAUAAAAAAAAAUGUAGGCAUUUUUAUAUUAAACAACCAAAUAUCAAAUUUUUAUAGACCGUCAUAUGACGGACAUACAACUAGUUAUAAUACAUAUUAUUGUAAGGAGAUUGGUGCUAAUCAGUACUCUAAAUACCAUGUUUUGGUGGAAAAAAAAACAAAAUUAUUAUUGUAAACUUAUCAAUUAGAAUUUUCUUAUAUUUUCGUCAAAUUUCUCCUGAAAGUAAAGACUAUUUCUAAUUGUUUUUGAUACUUUAAGCACUUUUUGGACAUUCGAGUUUGAAGUUGUUAGUUCGUUUCUUUUCAUCGGUUUUACAUCUUUAAAAUUUUUAUUUUUGUUCUUAUUUCUUUAGAUUUAAUUUUUAUGUUUUUUCAUUAUUUCCUUUCUAAGAAAAUAAAAAAAAAAAACGAUACCAGUAUUCGUAAACUAAAAGAUAUUUUGUACCUUGAAAAAACCUAAUAAAAGAGUAUUGUUUUUGAGGAGGUUUCAGUUUUCAACCCCCGCCUAUAUCGUUUGUUUGCCUUUUAGCUGAAAUCUCGAGAAUUAAUUUACCUUUUUUCAUAACACUUAUUGUGUUCAAUUUAUUAUUAUUACAGAUAGGUUAAAGGAUACUUUUUACACUUUAAAUAAGGGUUGGGCAGAAGACCAUGUUAUACAACAGGAGGAGGGAAAGACGGGGUUAAUAGUUGUCUAGUGAAUUUAAAAUACAAAUAAAUACAAUUUAAUUUAAUAAAUAAUAUAAUGUUAACCAGAUAUCAUUUAGAUCAAUUAUUGAAAUAACGUUAACAAUUAAAUAUUAUAACGCCAAUAGUCGGUUAGGGGAAAAUUUGACUUUAAUGAGGAAAUCUGCUACUCACGGUUGUUAUUGCAAUAUUUUUGUUGUUCUGUGAAAUCGGCAUCGACACAUUAUGCUGAAAAUAUACAACUGGUACCGACAUUUUUCUAGGAAUAUGCUAGACUUUGAAAGGACCACUGCAACUUUUCAAUAAGGGUGAAAAAUCGGACAAUGUGCCAGUACUCAUCUAAAAAUUUGAAACUUCUCCAAGAGAUGAUAGGGGUUCUACCAAAAUCUAGCAAAUUCAUAUGAAUAAAUUGGGAUAUUUAUUUUUGGAAUCAAACAAUACACCGGUGUAGUCAGAAAAACAGCAUGAAAAAAGAAACUUAUUUUAAUGACGAAUAUUAGAAAUUGAUUUUUAAAAGUUUUACACAGGGUACGAACAUAACGAAUAGUUUCAUGUUCAACAAGUACACGCCAGACGUCGUGCACGAGUCUUCAUCGUGGCGAUGUGUUAUCAUGAAUAUUAUAUUCGGAAAUGUCGGAAUGCGAGAAGCCGAUUAUCCGGAGUAAUCCUGCAGCAUCGCAGAAUCGUCGUCGUCGCGUUAAAUCGAAAUAUCAUAGUUGUUAAAUUUAUCGUUACGUGCAGCGUAUUAAAUUCGAUUCGUACCUAAUAAUCCAUUUCUCCUAACACGACAAUUUUGUAAUGCCUGCUAUUAAUUCCAAUUGAAUACAGAGUGAUCCACUUGUCACAAACCUUCAAUUUUCCCCUGCGACUUUAAGAGAAUUUCGUAUCUGUUAUUUUUUAAUAAUUAUGUUUUUUGGAAUCUGUAGAGCUUUAUUUUAGCUUUAUUUUUGGUAGUUGUAUACCAUUAAUUUUGAUUGUAUCUUUGUAUUUGUCUUUGAAUAUCGAAUAUCGUCUAUAUAUUUUGAUAUUUAUGUAACAAUCACAUCGGAUUUACUGUUUAUGAGUUAUAACAGUUUUAAGGCCAGACCGGAAGAAUACAAUAAAAGAUGGGUUAUCAAUUUAAUAAUCAGUUUAUUAAAAGUUUAAAGUUUAUUACCUUUUUUUUAUCUAAAGACGAUUAAUUCGAUAUUACAGUGUUAUCAUGCUUUAUGCAUAUCGACACGUUUAGAAAAAUGAUUUUUAUGCUAAACUGUGUUUAAAUGUACGUUUAUUAUUUGAUCUAUCAACAGAUUAUACUCAUAUAAGACAUAAAAAGUACCAUUUAAGAGUAUAAAAUUGAAAAAAGUGUUGAAAUAAAUAUUAUACCAUAAUUAUUGAAAAAUAUAAUAUUUAUAAAAUUGCAUAACAUGUUUCGAGAAAAUCGAUAAUUCAUGAUGAAUGGAUCAGUCCAUUGUCGUAUGUACACACGGACUGUGUGUACAUAUGUUAUCUAUACUGUUGUAAAUAUUAAAUGAUAAACUACUAAUAAUUGGUUCUACUGCCAGCUACUUCCCCCGAAAUCGUGUAAAAGUGUUGAACCCAUUAUAAUAAUUACUGCAGUAUUUAUUCUAUUUUUAAACAGCUUGACAUUGAGGAUAUUGAGUGAUAUGAAAAAGUUAUUGUACACUAUAGGUAUUCACUAAGAUAUGUUUUUCCUGCCUAAAUCUAUUUAUUCUAUUAUUAGUUAAAAUGUUCUGAAUCUUUUACAUUUUACAAACGUUAAAUGAUACAUAAGUACUUUAUUUAAAACAUUUUUAUAGAUUUUAAAAGGGUUUACAAAAAAAAAAAAAACCCACCGAAAAAACGGUUAGGUAUAUAGUGAUUUGAUUUAUUAUAUAAUUAUUUGUUUUAUUGUUUCCGGUUUCUUGAAAUUAAAUGGAUAGUAAAUCAUACAAUAAAAGUUAUCAAGGGCCUGUUAUUUUGAUAAAAAUAUUUUUAUGAAACUAUUAAAAAUUGAUAGAAAAUAUUUUUGUUUGCAAUGAUUUUUUAUUACUUAUGGUAAAAUAAACUUAACUAUACCUUCUGUAUUCUAAUCACUAUUUGACCUUAAUUUGUAACGAUACUUUAAACGAUUGUCUUUAAAUAAUAUCAUUGUGACCUACAGCUUGCGGCCAUCUAAUGUCUAUAAUUUAUAUGAUGGACUCGUUGAAAAAUUCUACUGCGUUUCCGGCAUCUCGGUGUUGUACUGUAGAUGAUUGUGAGAAAAAAAUCGUCGAUUUAGAAAAACCAACUGUUUACAUGAAUAUGAACACACCAAUUUCGUAAGUAAUUAAAUAAAAAAUGAAUACUACCUACCAGGCAUUUUAUCUUAAUGCAAGGUAUUCAUUAACCAGACUUAAAACAUGAGCUACGGGGUCACGUGGAAUUUGUAUGAUAUUGCGUGAUAAUAUCUGAAGUUUGAUUUUUAUUUUUAUGUUUAGAACCAGAGGGUUGUACUCGAUACUUCCCGGAAGAAAAAAUUUAACGUUUUACAUGCGUCUGUAA